GGUAUGGAACCUACAAUCCCAACUCCCCGUUUUCAUAGUAUGAAAUGAAUAAAUAAAUCAUUCCACCGGUUUCAGCGAGGCGAGUGCAGAAAAGGUCGUUCCACCACCCGGCCCAAGCCCAAUCCCCUGUGGUGCCUUUACCUCGUUCUCCGGUUCCCCGUCCCAUUCCAUCCACCGCGUCCAGACACAAUCUUACCGGCGACGCCUCGCGACCUCCUCAGCUCCUCCCCCCCUUCGCCGCCGCUGCCACCGCGGGGACCCGCUCUGAUCCCGUCAGUUGUAGAAGUAACUGAUUAGCCUGAUGGCUAUGGUCGAUGAGCCUCUCUAUCCAAUUGCCGUGCUGAUAGAUGAGCUUAAAAAUGAAGAUAUUCAAUUGCGCCUGAACUCCAUCAGAAGACUUUCCACUAUUGCACGGGCACUUGGAGAAGAAAGAACCAGGAAGGAACUGAUUCCUUUCCUCAGCGAAAACAAUGAUGAUGAAGAUGAGGUGCUUCUUGCAAUGGCUGAAGAAUUGGGUGUGUUCAUUCCUUAUGUUGGGGGUGUAGAGCAUGCUCAUGUUUUGCUCCCACCAUUGGAGACAUUGUCUACGGUGGAGGAAACCUGUGUCCGAGACAAAGCAGUUGAGUCGUUGUGCCGUAUUGGUGCACAGAUGAAAGAAAAUGACAUUGUUGACUAUUUCAUUGCAGUAGUAAAGAGGCUAGCGGCUGGUGAGUGGUUUACAGCUAGAGUAUCAUCCUGUGGUCUUUUCCAUAUAGCCUAUCCAAGUGCCACCGAUCCGUUGAAAACAGAACUGAGGACUAUUUAUGGCCAGUUAUGCCAAGAUGACAUGCCUAUGGUCAGAAGGGCAGCUGCAUCAAAUCUUGGGAAGUUUGCUGCCACUGUUGAACAGAGCCAUUUGAAGACAGAAAUCAUGUCGAUCUUUGAUGAUCUUACCCAAGAUGAUCAAGAUUCAGUACGUUUAUUGGCAGUUGAAGGCUGUGCCGCUCUUGGAAAAUUGUUAGAACCCCAAGAUUGUGUAGCCCAUAUCCUUCCAGUCAUUGUUAAUUUCUCCCAGGAUAAAUCUUGGCGUGUCCGUUAUAUGGUUGCAAACCAGUUGUAUGAGCUCUGCGAGGCAGUUGGUCCUGAGCCUACAAGAGCAGACCUGGUGCCUGCAUAUGUUCGCCUCCUCCGUGAUAAUGAGGCUGAAGUGCGGAUAGCAGCUGCCGGAAAAGUUACUAAGUUCUGUAGGAUAUUAAGUCCACAGCUUGCAAUUCAGCACAUUCUGCCGUGUGUUAAGGAAUUGUCAUCAGAUUCGUCUCAGCAUGUUCGCUCAGCUUUGGCUUCAGUCAUCAUGGGAAUGGCCCCUGUCUUGGGGAAGGAUGCUACCAUUGAACAACUUCUUCCUAUUUUUCUUUCUUUGCUGAAGGAUGAAUUUCCUGAUGUUCGACUCAACAUAAUCAGCAAGCUUGAUCAAGUUAAUCAGGUCAUUGGAAUUGACUUGCUGUCGCAAUCUCUAUUGCCGGCUAUUGUAGAACUUGCGGAGGAUAGGCACUGGAGGGUUCGCCUUGCAAUAAUUGAGUACAUCCCUCUGCUGGCUAGUCAGUUAGGUGUUGGGUUUUUUGAUGACAAGCUGGGGGCACUUUGCAUGCAAUGGUUGGAAGAUAAGGUUUUCUCGAUCAGAGAAGCUGCCGCAAACAACUUGAAGCGCCUGGCGGAGGAGUUUGGUCCAGAGUGGGCAAUGCAACAUAUAAUUCCUCAGGUGUUGGAGAAGAUAAACAACCCACAUUAUCUGUAUCGCAUGACCAUCCUGCAAGCUAUCUCAUUGCUAGCCCCUGUCAUGGGUGCAGAAAUAACAUGCCAAAAGCUGCUCCCUGUUGUCAUUAAUUCCUCGAAGGACAGAGUGCCGAACAUCAAAUUCAAUGUUGCGAAAGUUCUGCAGUCGCUUGUACCAAUCCUUGAUCAAUCUGUCGCUGAGAAGACUGUGAAGCCAUGCCUUGUCGAGCUGAGCGAGGACCCUGAUGUGGAUGUACGAUACUAUGCAAACCAGGCCCUUCAGGCGUGUGACCAGAUCAUGAUGUCUAGCUAACUAAGCUACUGUCGUCACGUUCUUUAGAAGCUAUUCUUAGUCCAGCUUGGAGUACAUGUAAUUUACCCUUAAGAGUCCGAGAGUUCUUUCUAGCCCAGUAACUUACCUAUACUUCCAUGCUGAUAAUGGAUGGGCUAUGUUCCCCUUUUGUUGUUAUUAAUAUUGUAUAAUUGAGCAACGAGACACGUUGUUUCGAUGGUGUGCUUAAAUUGAUAGUUUGAACUUGAUUUCUGUCA